AUGGCCGACGAUGGAAUGCUUCUGAACUUCGCGGUUGGCGACCAACCGUGGGCUCCUAAAACUACAGCAUACAAGGGUGGCCGCUGGAAGGACCGAUUGACUGCGAAGAAGGCCUUGCAAUAUGGCCAGAACAAGACCAACCCGGAUUAUAAGAAGGAAAACGAUGCAAGGAACGACGUUCGAUCAGGCUCGAAUUCAGAACCCCGUCCCUUCAAGCGACAAAAGACCGACGGAGGCGAAUACAAGCCUACACAUACCACUGGCCGCACUGGUCCUAGAGACAGCAAUAACGCCCCACGACAACGUCCGAAGGAAGUCAUCUCGUCCCUGUUCACAUACAACCCAUCUGCCACGACCGCUCCUGUUGAAGAAGAGGAGGAAGCAGAAGAUGCAGAACCUAUACAGCCCUCGAACGCCCCCUUGAGCUCCGAACUCGACACAUUCACCUCUUUGGGCUUGUCCCCGAAUGUUGCUCGCCACCUGCUGGAAAAGAUGGGUAUCAAGGCUCCGACAGCUAUUCAGGCAAAGGCUGUUGCACAAUUGGUGAAAGACGACUCGGACGCUUUCAUUCAGGCAGAGACUGGUUCCGGUAAAACACUGGCUUACCUCCUUCCUAUCGUACAACGCCUAGUCACAAUGUCGGAGACUGCAAGGAAAGCAAAUGGAGGUACUGGUGGUCUUACACGAGACUCUGGAUUAUUUGCCAUCAUUCUAGCACCUACGCGAGAACUCAGCAAGCAGAUUUCCACUGUCCUCGAAUCAUUACUCGGAGCUGCACACUGGAUUGUCGCUGGAACCGUCAUUGGUGGAGAGAAGAAACAAUCCGAGAAGGCAAGAUUGAGGAAGGGUCUGAACAUUCUGGUAGCCACUCCUGGUCGUCUGGUUGAUCAUCUGGAGCACACUGAGAGACUGGAUGUCAGCAACGUAAGAUGGCUAGUACUGGAUGAAGGUGAUCGUCUCAUGGAACUUGGUUUCGAAAACGACAUUCAGAAGAUUGUUUCUUUGAUGAAUCUGCGUAUGCGAAAGGUACAGCAAACGCCCAUCCCUGGAUUACCCGAAAAGAGAACAACUGUUUUGUGUUCCGCAACCAUCAAGAUGGACGUCGAGAGACUGGGUAACAUCACGUUGAAGGAGGCUGUGUCAAUUUCUGCCGAGAAGCCUAGAGAUGCUGAAGACGCAGAGAAGAACGGUCAUGCAUUCUCAGCACCCGCUCAAUUGAAGCAGUCAUACGCUGUCGUUCCUGCCAAGUUGAGACUGGUCACACUUGCCGCCAUUCUUCGUCGGUCGUUUGCUAGAAAGGGAUCUGUCAUGAAGACCAUCGUGUUCAUGUCAUGCGCCGACUCUGUUGAUUUCCAUUUCGAAGUCCUGACGCGUGGUGGACAGAAGAAAAUUACUGGAUCGGAGGCUAAGGAGGAAAGGAAAAAGAACCCGGAAUUAUCUGAACUGGAUAAGAUGAAUCCAAUCACGACUGAGGCGAAGAAAGAAAAGGAGAAAGAAUUAUCAAACUACGAANAGAAGCUGGCUCCAGGCAAGAUCAGACAAGGAGGUUCGAUUGACGAUGCUUGCACUGAAGCCAUUUCACCAAUCAUUUCUGGCAAAGACAACGAUGUUUCCAUUUUCCGCAUGCACGGUUCGCUGCCUCAGAAUGUUCGUACAUCUACGCUCAAGGCUUUCACCAACAACAAGGAUGCUUCGGUCAUGAUAUGUACCGAUGUUGCUUCUCGUGGUCUGGAUCUUCCAAACGUUGACUUCGUCAUCGAAUACGAUCCCGCCUUCAGCAAAGACGAUCAUCUCCAUCGUAUCGGACGUACCGCUCGUGCAGGACGUGACGGUCGAGCCUUGAUCUUCCUUCAACCUGGCAACGAGGNNGAAGGAUACGUAGAUAUCUUGAAAGAAGAUCGAAGAGACGCAGGACACGGUCUCACUCGACACGAUGCUGUUGAGCUGUUGAAGAAGGGUCUAACACCAACUUCGGGCACGGUCUCUUCUGGUCGUGAGUGGGAAGAGAAGGCAACUGACUGGCAAUUGGAUGUCGAAAGAUGGGCUCUCGAGAACCCGAAGCAUCUCGAGCAGGCUCGCCGUGCAUACCAAAGUCACAUUCGAGCUUACGCCACCCAUGUAGCGGCAGAGAGAGAAAUCUUCAACAUCAAGACUCUUCACCUCGGUCACCUGGCUAAGGCGUUUGCGCUCAGAGACAAGCCUGGUAGCAUUAAGGUACCAGGUCUGCGUCCUGGCAAGGAUGACGCGAAGAAGUCCAAGGACUCUCGUCACAAGGCUAAUGUCAAGGGUGCAAAGAGUUCGGGCGAAAAGAGAUCUGCACCUGAUGGAGACGACGGUCCUCAGAUGACUGAUGCUCAGGAAGCAGCCAGAAUAAUGCGUGCAAAGACAAAGGCUAUGAUGGGUGGUGGUGCUUCUGAGUUCAACCUUGGCUGA